AUGGCGAAGAUAGCAGCGGCUCAGAGCGAAAGUGACAACUCCAGCCCUAGGGUUGAAGGGAACAAGGAUGGUGCAGGUACUACCGUGCAAACAACAACUGCAACUUCCUCCAUGCCAAUUUCCGUAGCAGAUGUCCUCAACAAUGCUGGAGAACCUACUUAUAGACCAUCAUCGGAGAAAAGCUCCAUGAGUGAAAUCAAUCAAACCAUUCCUGGUGAGCUUGAGACUUCGCCACCAAAAACCACUACCCAAUAUUCAUAUACCAGCGGUUGUGAUCACGAAGCUAAUUCAGGUGAAGAAGACCAAGCUGAACUGAACAAGGAUACUAUGGUGGUAGAUGAAGAGGUUCAGACUAGCGAUAACCCUGAAGAUGGUUCGCCUAACGUCGAAGACAUAGUCCAUUCUAACCAAGAGGGUAACGAUGGUGAAGAUACGACCAUCGGGGAGGAAGAUAAAGGCAACCAGACCCCACUGAACACUGGACAUGAUGGAAGUGAUGCUGGUGAUGAUGGAGACUCCGAAGAAGAGAACAACAAUGGUGAGGGGAACCAGGACACAAUCGAAGGUUAG